GUGCACGCGCCGGAACGGGGGCGCGCGGGGCGCGGCGGGGCGGGGAUGGGGGCGGGGUGGGGACAGCCCUUUCCCAGGCGGUAGCGGGGCGGUGUCGCUGUUGCCCUUUUAAGCCGCGGGGCCGCCGCCUCCUGCCGGCGGAGUCGGUUACAAAGACAGCAGCCGCCUCGCAGCCGCCCGCCGAGGCCUCGGCGCCCCCCUCGCCAUUUUCCAAGCCGCCCUCGGACGCGGGCCGCGGCGGCGGGCAGAGGCGGAGCCGCGAGAGCGCAGCCCGGGCUGGCCCCGCGGGGCGGUCGCGGCCGUGACGGCGGCUCCGGGCUCGGCUCCCCUUUCCUCACUCCUCCCGCCGGAGAUGAGGGGAAGAUGUCCGUGUCAGGUCUCAAGGCCGAGCUGAAGUUCCUGGCGUCCAUCUUCGACAAGAACCACGAGCGGUUCCGCAUCGUCAGCUGGAAGCUGGACGAGCUGCACUGCCAGUUCCUGCUGCCGUCGCCGCCGGCGUCCCCGGGCCGCCCGCACUCGCCGCCGCCGCCGCCGCUCACUCUGCACUGCAACAUCACGGAAUCUUACCCAUCUUCCUCACCAAUUUGGUUUGUGGACUCUGAUGACCCGAAUCUGACAACAGUUUUGGAACAUCUAGAAGUUACUAAGAACAAUUCGAAUGGGACAACGGAAGAAGUGACUUCAGAAGAAGAGGAGGAGGAGGAGAUGGCCGAAGAUAUAGAAGACUUAGACCAUUAUGAGAUGAAGGAAGAAGAGCCUAUUAGUGGAAAAAAGUCAGAAGAUGAAGGAAUUGAAAAAGAAAAUUUGGCAAUAUUAGAGAAAAUUAGGAAGACUCAGAGGCAAGACCAUCUAAAUGGUGCAGUGUCUGGGUCUGUGCAAGCUUCUGAUAGACUUAUGAAAGAGCUCAGGGACAUAUACAGAUCACAGAGUUAUAAAACAGGGAUUUACUCAGUGGAACUCAUAAAUGACAGUUUAUAUGACUGGCAUGUUAAACUGCAAAAGGUUGAUCCUGAUAGUCCUUUGCAUAGUGAUCUCCAGAUCUUAAAAGAAAAAGAAGGCAUAGAAUAUAUUUUGCUUAACUUCUCUUUUAAGGAUAAUUUUCCAUUUGAUCCACCAUUUGUUCGAGUGGUGUUACCUGUUCUCUCAGGAGGGUACGUGUUGGGUGGUGGAGCAUUAUGUAUGGAACUUCUUACAAAACAGGGCUGGAGCAGUGCCUACUCUAUAGAAUCGGUCAUCAUGCAAAUCAAUGCCACCUUAGUCAAAGGCAAAGCCAGAGUACAGUUUGGUGCAAAUAAGAAUCAGUACAAUCUAGCAAGAGCCCAGCAGUCCUAUAAUUCCAUUGUACAGAUACACGAAAAAAAUGGCUGGUACACUCCUCCAAAGGAAGAUGGCUAGAUGUGCUACCUGUCAUAGGUUUGGACGAAUGUUGCUUUAAAGAAGAUCUCUCCAACAUGCAGACACAAGCUUUGAGUGCCCCUAUAACAGCAGUACCGAAGACAUUAGCCAAUAGAUAUUUUAGUGGAUAAUCUGUCAACUGACAUCCAUGAUAAGUUACAGCCUCUUCACUUUGCUCAUCUUAGAUAUCUUGGACUGAGCAGUGGGGCUUUUACUGAAUUUUUCCUGGUAAACACAUAUACUGGCCACUCCUUAUCAUCUCUUCCUGAAAAGUGAGAUCUGUGAAGCGGGCAAGUCAGUAUCCAGUUACUGGUGGCAACAUUAGGAUAACUUUCCUAUUGAACUCCUGCGUUCUGAGAACUUGCAAUAUGUUGUUCUGUUUAGAGCCAAUAAAUGUUUAAUCGAUGUUUAACAUUGGUUUAGAAAAUUUAAAGUCUUCUAAAUCACAAUAACUUUUCCAGGUUAAAACCUUUGUGACAUUGCCAAAAUGAUGACAACAAACCCUACUCAUUAAAUUAAGACUUUUUUAAA